AGAGAGAAAAAAAGGGAAAAAAAACUUAAGGUCGAAAUUGGGUGAAAACCAAGUAAGGGAAGACGAAGCUUGCCUAUUUAAUGGAGAUACCAAUUUCCAUUAACGCAUUCAGGCAAAUUCAUCAUCGUCUUCGCUUAAUCCCCAAGGCAAUUUCCCCUUCCACCAACCCUCUCGCCCUCUCCAUCAAUACAAACUCCAAGGAGAGGAAGAGAGGUUAUUCAUUCUCAUCUCAACAAUCCCUUCUCCUCUAAAAUCAACGAAGAAUCAUCCUCUCCGUCGAUUUCUGUUCCUUUCUUUCAAACCCAGAAUAUUCCCUUCAAGAUCUCAUAUACCCAUUUCCAAUUUCUCAAUCUGAGUUCCUAUUUAUCCAUUUUUUCCAAUACCCAUUUCUGUAUAUAUUCGAUCUCGAUCGAUCCGAUUGGCCCCUGUUCCUCUAAACAUGGCUUUUCUACGAGCUUUCUCUCUCUUUUGCCUAUUUUCUGUAGCUUUCGCUCAUGAAGCUUUUGAUUCUCAUAUCCUUCCAAGACCACUUAUUAUUGAGCUUCCUGAGGAUGUUGAGAAUCAGGUGAAGGAACUGGAUGGAGAAGUCAGAUUGAGGUGUGAUAGUUGGAGAUUUAAUGUGGAGGCUAACAAUUUGAAUCCGUGGAAAAAGAUUCCGGAAAAUUGUUCUGAAUAUGUGAAACAGUAUGUAACGGGUCGAGCCUAUCAACUUGAACUCGAAAUUGCAUCGAAUGAGGCAGAGGUUUUUGCCAAGAGUGUGAAAUUGGUUGGCGAUGGAAAGGAUGUAUGGAUUUUUGAUAUCGAUGAGACCUUGCUUUCUAAUCUUCCUUACUACACAGAACAUGGUUAUGGCUCGGAGAGUUUCAAACCUGAUGAGUUUGAUAACUGGGUCGAGAAGGCUAUGGCACCUCCCCUUCAGCCCAGUUUAGAACUCUAUAAAGAGCUUUUGGAUCUAGGAUUCAAGCUGGUUUUGCUUACUGGAAGGAGUGAAAAGCAGAGGGAAUCUACAACACGGAAUUUGAUAAAUGCAGGGUUUUAUGACUGGGAUAGGCUCGUAUUGAGGAGAGAUGAUGAUCGAGGGAAGUCCGCAAUACUUUACAAAUCUGAGAAGCGGAGCGAGAUGGAGAAUGAAGGAUUACGAAUCAUCGGAAACUCUGGUGACCAAUGGAGUGAUUUAUUGGGUACUUCAGCUUCGGUUCGUUCGUUCAAACUUCCAAAUCCCAUGUAUUAUAUUUCCUGAAUAUAGGGAGGGGAUGGAUCACAUCAUCAAUGUUAUGCUCAUAAUUAAACCAUGGUUCAAGAUCUCCUAAAGAAUUGUACAUACGUUGAAGAUGUCCAAUUUGUUGGAUCUUGAAUUAAACACAGAGUCAAGAGAGAUCCAUAAAAGCUUUCAUUUAUAUAUUAGUGUUGAUGAUAGGUGAAACUCCUUUAGUAAAUUCUAUUAUCCACAUUUAAUGGAUUCAAAGGAUUGAUAAAUGAAAAUACUUUUAGCAUUCUUGUUUA